AUGAGCGUAGUUGGAUUUGAUCUUGGGAAUGAGAGCUGUGUUGUGGCAGUUGCCAGACAAAGGGGAAUUGAUGUUGUUCUUAACGAUGAGUCAAAACGUGAGACUCCUGCUCUUGUGUGUUUUGGUGAUAAACAGCGUUUUCUUGGAACAGCUGGUGCUGCAACCAGUAUGAUGAACCCAAAAAACACCAUUUCCCAAAUUAAGCGGUUAAUAGGGCGUCCUUUUUCUGAUCCUGAAUUGCAACAAGAUCUCAAGGCUUUGCCUUUUUCAGUUACUGAGGGACCCGAUGGUUUCCCAUUGAUCAAUGCAAGGUAUCUUGGUGAAACAAAGUCAUUCACCCCAACACAAGUUAUGGGAAUGGUUUUCUCAAACAUGAAGACAAUAGCUGAGAAGAACUUGAAUGCAGCAGUUGUGGAUUGCUGCAUUGGGGUACCUAUUUACUUCACUGAUCUUCAAAGAAGAGCUGUAAUGGAUGCAGCAACUAUAGCCGGUUUGCAUCCUCUACGGUUGAUGCAUGAGACAACAGCCACUGCUUUAGCUUAUGGAAUAUACAAAACUGACUUACCUGAAAAUGAGCAGCUCAAUGUAGCCUUCAUUGACAUUGGACAUGCUAGCAUGCAGGUAUGCAUAGCAGGUUUCAAGAAAGGUCAACUGAAGGUAUUGGCACAUUCAUUUGACCGGUGUCUUGGAGGGAGGGAUUUUGAUGAGGUUUUAUUCCAACAUUUUGCUGAAAAGUUCAAGACAGACUACAAAAUUGAUGUUUUCCAGAAUGCAAGGGCUUGCCUUAGACUCCGUGCUGCUUGUGAGAAGCUAAAGAAGGUGCUUAGUGCAAAUCCAGAGGCACCUAUGAACAUAGAGUGCUGGAUGGAUGACAAGGAUGUUAGAGGGUUUAUUAAAAGAGAUGAAUUUGAACAAAUCAGCGCCCCAAUAUUCGAACGUGUGAAGAAGCCUUUAGAGAAGGCUCUUUCAGAGGCUAAAACUCACAGUUGA